AUGUCUCCCGAUGAUGACACCCCGCACGAAGUCGAUGGCGUCAUCUCGCCGGUCAGUGGCAGUUCUCAGCAAAUGAGGGUUUUAGGUGAAUGCUAUUCCACAGACUCGUCUCAGCAAUCAUUCGUGGGAUUGAGUCAUAAUAACGAAGUCAGCUCGUCUUUCGAUACCAAGGAAUUUGAGCUGAUUGAAAAACUUGCCGCCGAGUUUUCGCUUGACAGCAACGAUUCUCUUUAUCAGCAGCUUGUUUUCAAACAGGAAGUGGUCGAAGGUGAGGCGCUGCAAAUACCACUUGAACAACAACGCAAGUUGGAAGAUAUUGUAACCCAGUUGGAGAAAGACGCUGCCGAUAUCGAGCGAGCGAAAGAACUUUUAUCAAAGGAAAAGGCAAGGUUAGAGGAAGAAAAACAGGAUCUCGAAAAGGCAAGUGCAGAGUUCUGCAUUUUGCGAGAGCAGAAGCUGAAGUCGAUCGAAAGAGAAAAAGCAUUCGUUCGGCGCCAGACAAACGUUCUUAAAAGCCGGGAAAGCGAUUUGGUUUCAUUGUUACGACAACAGAUUGCCGACUUGCAAGGUGAAGUCUGUGACAAGGAGGCGAAACUGAGUGUUUUCCGGAGUAAGACGCGGCUACUCGAAUCUGAUCUACGCCAGUCGAAGGACGAGUGCGCCGCUCUCAAGCUUAAGUUUCGCGGUCUUGAGGAGUCGACGACAAGACUGGAACAGGAAAAUUCACAGCUACGGGUAAAACUUGGAAAGACACUGUCGCGUAAGCCUCAGGCGUCGUCGUCAGAUUUGGCCACGAAACAGCCGUCUAAGACAGCAGCGGCGCUAAAGUCGGCUCAGAGACGCGGCGACGACAGCACAGAGAGGAGUGGUGAAAAGUGCGUUCGGUUUCUGGUUCCAGAAGAGGAUCCGGUGUUUACUGAAACCAAAGAUCGAGCAGUGCAGGCAGACCGUUUGUCUCAAAACGUUACAACACCAGAAAAUAGGGUGUUGAGUCCAGUUUUCGUCAACGAACCGAUCCAGCCCGUUUCUUUGCCUUUGGCGCUCGCGGACCCGACCGCUCAGUUUAGCAAGAACUUUGAAAGGGUCAGGCCUGACGGCUCGACGGAAUCGAUAUACAAAAAUGGCACUGUUCAGGAGAUCAGCGCCAACGGCCAAGUGGUCACCUAUCAUUACGCCAACGGUGACACUCGGCGUUUUCUAGCAGAUGGUUCAGAGGUGUAUUAUUUUGGCGCGAAGGAACUGACGCAGACCAAAUACCCGUCUGGAGUUAUCGUGGUCAAAUACAAAGACGGUAGGGAGGAAACUCACUAUCCCGACAGUAAGGUUGAUGUUCGCUCGCCGGACGGCUUGCACAUCUCGCUUACUCCGGAUGGGCGGCGAACAGAGCUGUAUCCGGACGGAACCCUGGUGGAAAAGACUCCCGAUGGAGUGGAGAGACGGGAAUUCCCAAAUGGAGAUGUGAAGUUCAAGUACGCCGAUGGCACCGAAGAAACGCGAUAUGCUUCUGGUAGAGUGCGAGUGAAAAGUUGCAACGGGUCGAUUCUGAGAGAUGAAAUUCUGACCACUUGA